GCGGGAGCGAUUUGAGGCUCGAAACCAAAGAUGCGCGUUCUCGUUAAUAAACUUCUGACGCCUUCAUCCGGGAAUCUGGUACGAACUCGCUCUCCAACAUGGCGGCGGCAGCUAAGAAAAAGGGGAAUAAGAAGGGGAAGACUCUGACCCUCACUGACUUCCUCGCAGAGGACAGUGGGAGUGGGGGCAACGCUCCACCACCGCAACCCAGCUACGCCAAGUCCACCAGCUGGGCUGAUGAGACCGAUGACCUGGAAGGAGAUGUGUCCACCUCCUGGCACACAGGGGAGGACAGUUACCGGGCCCCUGCAAUAGACCGUAACAUCCUGCCCACAGCGCCACGGUCGGCCCGUGAGCCCAAUGUGGACCGCUCACGCCUCCCCCGCAGCCCCCCCUACACAGCCUUCCUGGGCAACCUGCCCUACGACGUCUCAGAGGAAUCUAUCAAGGACUUCUUCCGGGGCCUAGCGAUCAGUGCGGUGCGCUUGCCACGGGAGCCCAGUAACCCAGAGAGGCUGAAGGGCUUUGGCUACGCAGAGUUUGAUGACGUGGACUCCCUCUUGAGGGCGCUGACUCUCAACGAGGAGAACCUGGGAAACCGCAGGAUCCGGGUGGAUAUUGCAGAUCAGUCCAAUGACAAGGAGGGGAGAGACAAUGGUCAGAUGGGUGGACGAGACCGGAUGGGCCGCAUGGGAGACAUGGCAGGCCCCGACAAGACAGACAGUGAUGACUGGAGGGCCCGGCCCACUGCAGACGCCGAUGAUGGACCCCCAAAGAGAGAGGAAUCCGCCUUUGGGUCACGCGACCGCUACGGAGACCGUGACGGGCUGCGAAGGGACAACGACCGCGGCUUCGGCGACCGUGGCGGCGACCGGGACCGCGGCUUUGGCGGCAGAGACCGCUAUGACGACCGGGGAGCCUUUGGCUCCCGCAGGGAUAGGGAUGACGGAGGGCGACGUGCCUUCGGCAGUGGGUACCGCCGUGACGAUGACGAUCAGAGUGGCGGAGGUGGUGUUAGCCGCUAUGGGGCCCGGGAUCGCUACGGCGGAGACCGGGAGGGCCGGUACGAGAGGCAGGACGAAGGGCGCGAGGAGAGAGGUGGUCCCACCGAGAGGCCCAAGCUGGUCCUGAAGCCGCGCAGCAUGGCCAAGGAGGAGCAGCAGGCCGUCAGCGGUGGGGCUCCCCCAGCUGCUCCGGCAGCCGCCCGCAGCUCUGGUCGAGCCUCCAUCUUUGGAGCGGCCAAGCCCGUGGACACAGCGGCUAAGGAGCGGGAGGUAGAGGAGAAGCUCCAGAGGCAGCUGGAAGAGGACCAGUCCAAGGGCUUCGAUAGGAAACCUCGCGACAGAGACAGGGAUCCAAGCUGGAGGAAUGAGGAGCCACCUUCGGAGUGGUCCCGCACAGGAAGUGAGUCAUCACAUCCCGGAAGUACCUCUGGAGGGAGAGCCUCACGGCGCAGAGAGAGCGAGCGCUCAGUGGAGAAUGAAGUAUUCAGCGGUAAGGAGGACGACCCUCCCUCUCCUGUGGCUCGCCCCUCUUCUGCCAACUCUUCCACCUUCUCAUCCAAGGAGCCCCUCAAGGUGAUGCCUGCACCGCCACCUAAGGAUAAUGUCUGGGCCAAGCGGCCUGCAUUGAGUACCGGGUCCAGCGAGGGAUGCGCCCCUAUCUCUACCAGUGACACGGCACCUCCCAAACUGAGAAAUUCAGCUCAGCCAGUAAAUACGCUGCUCUGCUAAUGGACAGAGAGCAAGGAGAUGACGCAGAGAAUGGUGUGGAAUAAAACCAGAAGGGGAGAAAGAAGAGGAAAUCCAGAAUAUCACAUUAAAUAUGAACAUCUCCUCACCUGGAGUAGAGGCAUCUGGGAAAGUCAUCACUCCUUCGUUCUUUACUCAAACCCAUCCCAGACCCCUUCCCUACCCCCCCUCUACAGGACUUGUCAGUUUCUAAAAAGAGUAGUCACAUACUGGACUUGUUUUAAAUGGAAAAGGUAAGGGGAGUAGUCGACACUCAAGAAAAGAGCAUUUAAUUUAAAAUUAAUUGUAAUAAAUAAAUAAAGUGGUGUAAAAAUGAUUGCUUAUGUUUAUGGUAUUCGUUGGGUUCCAUCCCUCUCCCCAGUGGAAUAGGAAGAAGUUUGUUACUGGAUCCUGACUUUCCAGGCUGACCUACCUGACCUUGUGUGCAGUAAAAAAGCCAGUAUUUAUUUAACUGACAGAAAAGGAUAAAGGUACAGUGCCUUUGGAAAGUAAUCAGACCCCUUCACUUUUUCCACAUUUUGUUACGUUGCAGCCUUAUUCUAAAAUUGAUUAAAUAAAUAAAGUCCUCAGCUAUCUACACUAGCCCACAAUGAAAAUUCAAAAACAGGUUUUUAGGAAUCUUUGCGUAUUUGUAUUUAUUAAAAAUAAAAACCAUACCUUAUUUACAUAAGUAUUCAGACCCUUUGCUGUGAGACUUGAAAUUGAGCUCAGGUGCAUCCUGUUUCCAUUGAUCAUCCUUCAUGUUUAUACAACUUGAUUUAGAGUUCACCUGUGGAAAAAUUCUAAUGAUUGGACAUGAUUUGGAAAGGCACACACCUGUCUAUAUAAAGCUCCCACAGUGGACAGUGCAUGUCAGAACAAAAACCAAGCCAUGAGGUCAAAGGAAUUGUCCAUAUAGCUCAGACAGGAUUGUUUCAAGGAACAGAUCUGGGGAAGGGUACCAAAAAAUAUCUGCAGCAUUGAUGGUCCCCAAGAACACAGUGGCCUCCAUCAUUCUUAAAUGGAAGACAUUUGGAAUCACCGAGACUUCCUAGAGCAGGCUACCUGGCCAAAUUGAGUAGCCUUGGCCAGAGAGGUGACCAAGAACCUGAUGGUCACUCUUGACAGAGCUCCAGAGUUCCUCUGUGGAGAUGGGAGAACCUUCCAUGAGGCCAACCAUCUCUGCAGCACUCUACCAAUCAGGCCUUUAUGUUAGUGGCCAGCCAAAAGCCACUCAAUAAAAGGCACAUGACAGCCUUCUUGGAGUUUGCCAAAAGGCACCUAAAAACAAGUUUCUCUGGUCUGAUGAAACCAAGAUUGAACUGUUUUGCCUGAAUGCCAAGUGUCACGUCUGGAGGAAACCUGGAACCAUCCCUACGGUGAAGCGUGGUGGCUGUGGGGAUGUUUUUCAACUGGGAGGCUAGUGAAGAUGGAGCGAAAGAUGAACGGAGCAAAGUACAGAGAUCCUUGAUGAAAAGCUGCUCAGGACAUCAGACUGGGGCGAAGGUUCACCUUCCAACAGAACAACGACCCUAAGCACACAGCCAAGACAACGCAGGAGUGGCUUCAGGACAAGUCUCAAUGUCCUUGAGAAGCCCAGCCAGAGCAUGGACUUGACUUGUAGCGUCAUAUCCAGGAAGACUUCAAGGCUGUAAUCGCUGCCAAAGGUGCUUCAACAAAGUACUGGGAAAAGAUCAGAAUAUUUAUGUCAAUUGGGGGGGGGGGGGGGCGGGCAAUUUAAUACAUUUUAGAAUAAACUCAUUUAACAAUGUGGGGGGAAAAUCUAGCUCUGAGUACUUCCCGAUUGCACUGUAUAUAUUGUCACAGAGUACCCUCAUUGGUCCAGCCAACACUAACGAUGACAGGGUUCUCAAUGGGUGUGCCUGUUUUGCACAGCUAGCUCAUGGUGAACCACGAAAGCGGCAAAGGAGGAGUGUGCUGUUGUAUUUGAGUACUGUAGAGCCUAGGAGCUGUGAAUGUCAUCAUUAAGUAAAGCGUGACAGGAGAAAUUCAGACUGAUCCAAAUAUGAAGAAUAGUUUUUCAGACGGCACCAUGACACUGCCAUUUUCCUCAUUGUUGAUCAAUUAUCAGAAGUUCUCCACCACCUGCAAUUUUGUUUUUGACCCGUCUGUUUGGAGUGGGGUGUUCGGCGUUUGCCACUGGGCUCCUAAAUUGCAAUUCGAGUGCGAACUCCGGCCACCCGGCCAAUAACCAGGUGUCUCCCGCAAAACAAGCGCCCCCCAAUGAAAAUCUAGCAUUGCUAUGGGGAAAUGUGAUGUCCAAGGAUGCUACUACAAGUGUAACAUAGCUAACUUUAGCAUGCAAUGCUACUAAUCUGUUGAUGUAUUGGGAAGGUGUUUCCAUGGUAGUGUUUUUGAGAAGUAGCUUUUAUAAUUCUUAUUCAUAAAGGGGUUUGAUUUCUGAGGUUGUAUGCAUAGGCUUUGGGGAGAAUACUUGUUUAAUCCCUUUGGAAAAAGGCCCGUACUGACUGUCCAUGAGGAAUGACAAUUAAUUAUUGUCUUCGCAGUGUAAUGGAAACCUUAACUUGCAAUCUUUGAGCCUUUUUAACUUAACUACUUGGAAUAAUACAUUUUCUGAAAAUGUUAUUUGAGCUUUUGCUUAUACCAGAGUUGAUGUGGUGUGAAGGUUUUCAUAUAAACUGCAUCCUAAUUCCCAAUUUAAUCAGAUAAAUGAAUAUUUCUCCCAUAUUUUGAUAAGUUUCCAUGUAACUCAAAGCUGUGAAGAUGCGUGCACAUCACUUAUUCAACAGGGAUCUUUAGGUGGGUCUUAAUCCUGACAGAAUUUGGCAGCCAACGGCAACAAUGACUCACUGAACCGAACUAAAUCUCGUCACCGUUAUCCCCUAUCACAGUGCAGAUGUUUGUUUUUCAACACAGUGAUGCAAUAAUGACAUCAAUUAAAUGCCAUCAAGUUAAACACAUUUCGUCCAGCUGUUGCUCAAGACAGGAUUUAAGGAUUACUCUGAGAUGACAUUUUCUCAUUUUGAAGUGAUUGAUUAAUUGGGCCUAUGCAUGACAGUACAUAUGUGGAGAUGUAUUUACAGUACAUCUGGUGGAUGUACUUAAUUGAUACUUAAAAUACUUAAAUACUCAAUACUUAAUUGUGUUGACAUGUACAUUGGGGGUGUUUUUUUUUAUUACAUGAAAUUAGCUUUAAAACUGCAACAUUUUCUAGCAGGAAACUAGCUUGGGAUUCUUGAUAGUCGGGACAAUCCUUGUCUGGCAGGGAAACUUUAUAUAUAGUUGUUAUUUGAGAUUAACAUUUACUUUCAGGGAAAUUUUGUUUUGGAAUUUUCAAAAAUAUUUUCUAUAAAUUAUAUUCUAUUUUUGGGUCUACAGUGCAUUCAGAAAGUAUUCAGACCCCUUGACUACGUUACAGCCUUAUUCUAAAAUUGAUAAGUUGUUUUCCCCCAAAAUCAAUCUACACACAAUACCACAUAAUGACAAAGCAAAAACACAUUUACAAAUGGUUGUAUAAUUCAGACCCUUUACUCUGUACUUUUGUUGAAGCACCUUUUGGCAGCGAUUACCCCCUCGAGUCUUCUUGGGUAUGACACUACAAGCUUUCCACACCUGUAUUUGGGGAGUUUCGCCUAUUCUCUAAAGAUCCUCUCAAGCUCUGUCAGGUUGGAUGGGGAGCGUUGCUACACAGCUAUUUUCAGGUCUCUCCAGAGAUUUUUGAUCGGGUUCAAGUCAGGGCUCUGGCUGGGGCACUUAAGGGCAUGCAGAGACUUGUCCUCAAGCCACUCCUGCAUUGUCCACGCUUCACCAUAGGGAUUGUGCCAGGUUUCCUCCAGAUGUGACGCUUGGCAUUCAAGCCAAAGAGUCUAAUCUUUGUUUCAACAGACCAGAGAAUCUUGUUUCUCAUGGUCUGAGAGUCUUUAGGUGCCUUUUGGCAAACUCCAAGUGGGCUGUAAUGGGCCUUUUCCUGAGGAAUGACUUCCGUCUGACCACUCUACCAUAAAGGCCUGAUUUGGUGUAGUGUUGCAGAGAUGGUUGUACUAAUGGAAGGUUCUCCCCUCAACAUAGAGGAACUCUGGAGCUCUGUCAGUGACCAUUGGGUUCUUGGUCACCUCCCUGACUAAGGCCCUUCUCCUGAUUGCUCAGUUUGGACAGGCGGCCAGCUCUAGGAAGAGUCUUGGUGGUUCCAAACUUCUUCCAGUUAAGAAUGAUGGAGGUCACUGUGUUUUUGGAGACAUUCAAGGCUGCAGAAAUGUUUUUGUACCCUUCCACAGAUCUGUGCCUCGACACAAUCCUGUCUCGGAGCUCUAUGGACAUUUCCUUUGACCUCAUGGCUUGGUUUUUGCUCUGAGAUGCACUGUCAACUGUGGGACCUUUUUUAUAUAGACGUGUGUGCCUUUCCAAAUCAUGUCCAAUCAAUUCAAUUUACCCAAGGUGGACUCCAAUGAAGUUGUAGAAACAUCAAGGAUGAUCAAUGGAAACAGGAUGCGUCUGAACUCAAUUUCAGCAAAGGGUCUGACUACUUAUGUAAAUAAUGUAUUACUGUUUUUUAUUUAAUACUUUUGCAAACAUUUCUAAACCCCUGUUUUUGAUUUGUCAUUAUGGUGUAUUGUUUGUAGAUUGAGGAAAAACAAUAUUUUAAUCAUUCUAGAAUAAGUUAAAAAAAAUUGGAAAAAGUGAAAGUCUGAAUACUUUCCAAAAGCACUGUAUGCCUGGAAAUGCCCUUGUACUGAGCAAAGGAUCCCAAUUUGAAGCUCUCCAAAAAGUGUCAAAUUCAAAAAACAGGUAAUCAUGGAUAUUAAUUGGCCUACACACAACCCCAUAAUGUCUAAUUGUAUUACAAAUACAUCAAAUUAAGAAUUCAACACUUUUAUGGCAAGCCUAAAUAAAUUCAGGAGUAAAAAUCUACUCAAGUCUCAUAGGUUGCAUGCACUCAACUCUGUGUAGUAAUAGUGACUGACUCAUCUCUGUACCCCCCCCCCCCCUUCAAACACAGAACCACAAAAAGCAGGUUUUCCACUGCCUUGCAAAGAAGGCACCAAGAUGUAAUAUUUUAACCAAAAUUCAUAUUCUAUUUAAUUAGGUUUUAGUCGUAAAAUAACUGAGGAAAAACAACAUUGCUUCUGUAUAUACAACUUGAAUAAAGAAAAUUUCAAAUUGUCAACUCUGUAAAACAUGAACUCUCU